AUGUCUAAGACCCGUCGAAACGUCAGAUUUCCACACAGGAUGUCGAAUGCCUCGGAAGGUCGUCGGUCCAGUAUCUCGGAGGCCAGCGACAUCCUGUCUGACCCGGGAAGUCCGUCCAAAGACGGCACCGUUGCGAAGCCGGCCACAAUUCCGGAAGAGAAAUCCGAAAAGUCCCAGUUAUCCGACUAUGAAAAGAAGAAGCAGACCUUCAUUACGCGCACGAUAUGGACCUUUGUCAUGAUCUUCGGUUUCUUCGUCGUCCUAUUCUCCGGUCACAUCUACAUUCUCGGUAUCGUCACCGCCGUUCAGAUCGUUUCGUUCAAGGAAGUUAUUGCGAUCGCCAAUGUGCCCAGUAAAGAGAAGAACCUUGGCUUCACAAAGUCGCUGAACUGGUAUUUUCUGGCGACUACGAUGUACUUCUUGUAUGGAGAGAGCGUUAUCUAUUAUUUUAAGCAUAUCCUCUUGGUCGACAAGGUCCUGCUCCCUUUGGCGAAUCACCACCGAUUCAUCAGCUUCAUGCUCUAUGUCAUGGGAUUCGUUUUCUUCGUCGCAUCCUUGAAAAAGGGACACUAUCGGUUCCAGUUCACUCAGUUCGCAUGGACACAUAUGGCCUUGUACCUCAUUGUUGUUCAAGCCCACUUCGUCAUGAACAACGUCCUGGAGGGAAUGAUCUGGUUCUUCCUUCCCGCCUCUUUGGUCAUUGUUAACGACAUCUUCGCUUAUGUCUGCGGUAUCACGUUUGGUCGGACCCAGCUAAUCCAGCUGUCGCCCAAGAAGACUGUUGAAGGUUUUAUCGGCGCAUGGAUCUGCACCAUCAUCUUCGGUUUCUUCAUCACCAACAUUCUCAUGCGCUACAAGUACUUCAUCUGCCCCGUCAAUGAUCUCGGAUCGAACGUGUUGACCGGCCUCGAGUGCACUCCCAACCCGGUCUUUGUCCCUGAGCCGUAUUCGUUCCCGGAGUGGACCGGUGUCAACAAGACGUUCUACAUCGAGCCUAUGCAGUUCCACCUCAUGGUAUUUGCGACCUUCGCUUCUCUCAUUGCCCCGUUCGGCGGUUUCUUCGCCUCUGGUCUGAAGCGGACUUUCAAGAUCAAGGACUUCGGUGAAUCGAUUCCCGGCCACGGCGGCAUCACCGAUCGGAUGGAUUGCCAGUUCAUUAUGGGAUUCUUCUCCUACAUGUACUACCACAGCUUCAUUGCCGUUUACAAGGCCAGUGUUGGGGACAUCAUCGAGGCCGCCAUCACCGGCCUCACUGUCGAGGAACAGCUCGAGGUUGUCCGUGGCCUUGGCAAGUAUUUGUACAACCAAGGAACUGUUUCUGAAACGAUCUUGGAGUGCCUGAACACUGAGCUUAAGCGCCGCUAG